GGUGGAAUUCAUAGCAAAGCCUUAAACAAUCAAUCAAAUGAAUUUUCUCGCUGUUUUCCGGCAAUUCUCUGCAAUUGUGCGGAGUCUCCCUGCGCGGGGGCUACACACCACACCAUGUUCAGCCAAACAGAAACUUCCCACAUUCAGUGCGAGUCGUCAGAGCAAGAUAAUGGACAAAUUAAUGCAUGGCCGGGAUAAAGGGAAGCGCCACUGGUACGCUGCGAAGGUUCCUGGAGGGGCUCACGUUGGGUCUGCUUCUGCCAAAGCCAUCAGCAGCACUGAAGGACAACCCAGGCACGUUCUGAAGCGCGUGACGGUGCUCAAUAAGCUCUUUAUGCGGAAUAUUGCUGAGAUUAUGGCCACGGGGGAACUUUCUCAGGAGAUUCUGGGUCGUGGGCUGGAGAUUUGCCGUGUAAAGGUGUCCCCGGACUUCCAUGUGGCCAAUGUGUAUUGGAUGGCAAAGGGAACGGAUGAGGAUGAUGUGAUGGAAGAGCUUUUGGGGAGGAUUUCUGGACGUUUGAGGCAUGAAUUGUCGCAACUUCGGCUGAUGGGUGAAGUUCCACGGAUUAGCUUCAUCAAGGAUCUCAAUUAUGCCAAAUUCCAGGAUGUGGACAGAUUGCUGGCAAAGGCGGACUUUGGGGAGGAUUACGUGCCCUUCUACAUGCGUCAGAAGGAGGAUAUUGCUGUGGACAGGAUGCAAAAUGAGUUUGUGGCUCCGGAUGCCCUCCCGGAGAUGCGACAGGAUGUCUUUGGGCUCAAUCACGAGGAGAUUAUGCGGAAGAUCACUCAAACGCUCGGAAAAACCAAAUCUGCGUGGGAAAAAUACGAAUUUGGUGCGAAGCAUGAAGAAUCUCCGCAGAUUCAGCGUCCAGGAAGAGAUCCAGAAGCUCUUGCAGCUGCAAAUCUUCACCUCGAGGAACGCUUCACACAAUUCCUUAAGAAUCAACACAGAUCGGAAGUUCCGGAGAGGAAGAAACAUCGUCCGGAGAUUCAUGAGAUCCCUCAGGAGGAACUUUCAGAGGAAUUUGUGGAUAAUUCCCUAUUUGAGGAGGAAAAUUUCGACGACUAUCCAGUGGAGAAAAAAUAAAAUAAUUUUUUGGGAU